UUAUUUUAGAUAUGAUGGUUAUUUAACUUUGAUCGCGUCUAGGCUAACAAAAUUUCAGGCCCAAGUUUUGCUUACAAUAAUCCGUUCAUCAGGGGCGAUUCACUUCGGCGAUACUCUGGGGCCGUCUAAUGAGUUAACGGUCUAUGUUGAUUUUAGUCAACUCCUGAAUUAUUGGCCAGAAGAAAAAGGGCAGGAGCUUGACACAACCCUUUCGUGUCUAAGUCUUACGGAGAGUGGCUCUGAUGCUUGGGACGGUGGAGGUUAUGCCGAAUACAAGCGCAUAAAUCACUAUCCAGUAAAUAUGCAUGGGAGUAAUCCUCCAGAGAAAGGUGAAGCGCAGAAGCGCCCCUCCAAGCUGACGACUGCCGUCCAGGACACAUCCUCAAUAACGAUUCAGCCCUUGCAAAUUGCUCGGGAUUUUUGGACGCAGGUGAACAAUGUACCUUCCAUGGUACGUGGCCAAAUGGAUCGACGCAGUCGCUCUGUAAGCGCUCCGGCAUCACAAACCGAUUCUCGUCGCGAAGAUCAGCAGGACGAGAAAAACAGCACAGGAAGCUUACAGCCAACUGAGAUCUACAAACGAAAAUCGAAUCAGUCGGGUGGAGGACCAUCAUGUUCAACCUGUCCCAAUAGGCCAACCAGCAGCGGGUACGUACUCUCGAGCAAUGGGCUAUGCUACGAUCCGAUGCGACCACAAACACCAGGUCCGCCGGAAGAAAGAGGCUUUGAUCUGAGCUAUGAGAAAUGGCUGCGAAUGCAAAAGCAGCAGCAGAUGCAACUGCAGCAACAGCUGCAGCAGGGCCCCUCCUCCAAUGGCAACUGGCAAUGCAAGGAUCAAACCUAUGAGAAGUUUGAGCCUCCACUUAAUAGCACCAUGAAUGCGGGCAGGCAGCCCUGUACACGCUCGUCCUGUGGACAGCUACGCGCACAGCAGCAGAAGCAACAGCMGCAGCAGCAGCAACAACAACCACAGCAGCAGCCACAACAGCAAUUGCCACAGCAGGCAAAGCAUUCAUGCUGCCAGAAUGCUGAUCCGAAUCAGAGUCAAGCAUAUUCCGCCCGGCCCAUGGCACAAAGGCAGUCAGCGGCAGCUCCAUGCCAAGUGGUUUACCCCCAGCGGCAGCAGGCAGCUGGGAGCACGUCCUGUGCGCCGAUACAGCAGCGGGACUGCAACGACUCUUAUGACACGACGACCUAUAUGCAGUUGCCCCAGGCGCAGCAGAGGGCGCCCUAUAUGAGAGGUCCCGGUAUGCAGGCGAAUGCGAAUGUGACUUUCUUCGAUACGAAUCCGAUGUCUUCAACUACCAAUCGCACACAGCAAUCUUGUGCAGCAUGCUCCAAUGAUAGCUGGCAGGGCACGACUCAGAACUCAUUUAUGCCCAUCAUGAAUUCAACUCAAAUAGGCCAGCCUUACGGUCAGCAGGCUCCUGGACCCAGUCUUGGUCCCGGUGCCAGUCCCACCUCCGACCAAAAGCCAUUGCGAGUAACGCCCUUUGUCGAUGAUUCGACACCUGAGCAACGGUAUAUACAGCGCACAAAUACGCUAUUCUUCAACGCCUUGGUGAUGGAUCAAACUUGUCCGGGUAUUAUACAGAAUUCGCUUAAUGAUCGGGAGGACUUCAAUGAUUAUGCGUUCGACAUUGCAUUCGCGGGCAAUAUACCGGAUAAGCCACAUCCCAUCGAUCCGAUCACCAUGAUUGAGGCCAUUAAAAUGAGAAUCGACUAUGAACGAGAGGAGAUUCGGAAGAAAUGUCCGUUUUAUGACCCGGAUGAUAAAGAUGAUUCGAAAAAGGGGAAGUCCAAAUAUUACACUGGUCAAAGGAGAAAGGGAUCAAGCUCGGAUAAAUCAAAAAAUUUUCCGUAUAAUACCAUCAAUCGCCACUUCUGUUCCAAGAACAGAUCUGAAGUCAAUGAUGGAGUGCUGGCUUUUCUCAAAGCCGAAGAUGCCUACUUAUCAGAGCCCGACAAAAGUGCCCUAACCCGUUUUUCGGCCAACAUCAAUGCACAUGAGUCGAACUUCUUUGGCCUGCCCAUCAAGAUGAAGAUUUACAAUGCAACAACUUGGCCUACCAGCUAGCUACGGAAAAAUACCAGAAGAAUUUUUAAGUUUUACAGCUUUCGAUUAUUGAGCCUAAAUGUAGUGUAUAUUAGUUCUUG